UUUUCCUCCGAUUCUCGAUCUCCUCCCUCACGGCGAACUUUCUAGACUCUCCAUCUCCGGCGAACUCGCUUCUCUCAUUUUCUCCGGCGAAUUCACUUAUCUGAGGAAGUAUGGGACGCAAAGCUGGCACCUUAUAUAUUAACCCAAGGAACUUUGGAAGUCUUCAGAAACCUUGCGCGAAAGAAAUGGUCUCGUUUCUAAAUUGUUUGACUUUAAAUCACAACAAGGAUGAGAAAUGUGGCAGGCAAAAGUCACUUUUGAGUACCUGCAUGGAAGCUCAGAGUGGCAAAAACAGAAAGCCCUGGGGUAGCAUCAAUUAUCAUCUGCAGAGGCUUAGCAGGGGAAGAAAGUAACUUGGAUCGAGAGUGUGGUUGCAGAUGGGCAUGUUUUGAAGUUAGAUACAGAGGUGGUUUCUCCAACUUCUUAAUGAACAACAUUUUCCUGAGAUGGUC